GCCAUAUUUGAAAAAGUAAAACUUCAAAACCAUUUUCAACAAAAGGGAAGGAGAUUCUUUUUAUUAAACAGCAAAUACUCAAUUUAAAUACUGCGUUUUCAAUGUGCAUAAUGACAUUGUGAAUUGCUUUAAGAAGAAAUAGGUCACGUAAAAUAAUCGAUAUUUUUUGUACUUAUUCCUAAACCAAAACAAUGGAAGCCCUUAUUCCAGUUAUUAACAAACUGCAAGAUGUAUUUAACACUGUUGGCUCAGACGCUAUCCAUUUACCUCAAAUCAUAGUUUUAGGAUCACAGAGUUCCGGAAAAAGUUCUGUUAUUGAGAGUUUAGUAGGAAAGUCCUUUCUUCCCCGAGGUACUGGUAUCGUUACCAGAAGACCUUUAGUGCUUCAGUUAGUAUAUUGUCCCAAAGAAGAUAGAGAACAUAGAAGUGCUAUUGAUGGAACUGUGGAACUUGAUGACUGGGGAAUAUUCCUUCAUGCCAAAGAUAAGAUUUUUAGAGAUUUUGAUAAAAUUAGAGUUGAAAUUGAGGAAGAAACCAGCCGUAUGGCUGGCAAUAACAAAGGAAUAUGCCCAGAACCAAUUAAUCUAAAAAUAUACUCAACAAGAGUUGUUAAUUUGACGUUAGUGGAUCUACCAGGAAUUACAAAGGUUCCCGUAGGUGACCAACCACCAGAUAUAGAGCAACAAAUAAGGGAAUUGGUGUUGAAAUAUAUUGCAAAUCCUAACUCUAUUAUUUUAGCUGUAGUUACUGCAAAUACUGAUAUGGCCACAUCAGAAAGUUUAGCUAUAGCCAAAGAUGUAGAUCCUGAUGGCAGAAGGACACUGGCUGUUGUAACAAAGUUAGAUCUUAUGGAUGCUGGAACUGAUGCUAUAGACAUCCUAUGUGGGAGGGUUAUACCUGUAAAAUUAGGAAUCAUCGGAGUGGUUAAUAGAUCUCAACAGGAUAUUAUGAACAAUAAGUCCAUUAAGGACUCUUUAAAAGAUGAGGCUACAUACUUGCAAAGUAAAUAUCCCACUUUGGCUGGUAGAAAUGGAACACCAUAUUUAGCUAAGACAUUGAACAGGUUGUUGAUGCAUCAUAUAAGAGACUGUUUACCAGACUUAAAGACUAGAGUCAAUCUGAUGAUGUCUCAAUAUCAAUCCUUAUUAAGUUCCUAUGGAGAAGAUAUAUCCGACAAAAGCAAAACAUUGUUGCAAAUUAUCACAAAAUUCGCAUCUGCGUAUUGUUCGACCAUAGAAGGAACGGCUAGAAAUAUAGAGACUACUGAACUAUGUGGUGGAGCUAGAAUAUGCUACAUAUUCCAUGAAACUUUUGGAAGAACUUUAGACUCAAUUCAUCCGUUAGCAGGACUUACAAAAAUGGAUAUCUUGACAGCAAUAAGGAAUGCGAAUGGACCACGUCCAGCACUGUUUGUACCAGAAGUUUCGUUCGAGUUGUUAGUUAAACGACAGAUAAGACGAUUAGAGGAACCGUCGCUGCGUUGUGUGGAACUGAUCCAUGAAGAAAUGCAACGGAUUAUACAGCACUGCGGUAACGAAGUUCAACAAGAAAUGCUCAGAUUUCCGAAACUCUACGAAAAAAUAGUUGACGUCGUCACGCAGCUUCUAAGGCGUCGCCUUCCCACAACUAACUCAAUGGUAGAGAAUCUUGUUGCAAUUGAACUGGCUUAUAUUAAUACGAAGCAUCCAGAUUUUUACAAAGACAUCCAAGUAGUUCCCACAGUGAUUAAGUCGACUGGAGAGAGCGGAAAUAGACCAUCCCGUCCUAAAAGCAUGUUCGGGAAACCAGAUUCACAGGAGUUGAGACCGGUAGCUGAACCGGAAGAAAGAGGAGAUUUCAUCAACGAUUUGUUGAGAAUUUUGCCUCUUACUAGCUAUAACGAAUUUAUGUCUGUAAUCAAGGCCAGAUCCUCAAGCAACCCUCACCUGAACAACGACGAUGACAAACCUUGGGCCGUCAAUGCAAGUGCGAACGGUAAAGAAAACGACUUUAAUCAUGUGAACAACAUACCGCACUCAGCUGAAAAUGAAUUAAAAAAUAUAUUGAGUCCCGAAAAACCUGUUAAUUUAUUACCGCAGGUGCCGGUAAAUAGCAGUAGCUUUAGAAAAUUAUCCGAACACGAAGAGCACGAUUGUGAAAUUAUUGAACGACUGAUAAAAUCCUACUUUUACAUAGUCAGGAAAUCAAUUCAGGAUACAGUUCCAAAAGCAGUUAUGCAUUUUCUAGUAAAUUUCGUUAAAGAUAACUUGCAGUCUGAGUUAGUUACGCAUCUAUAUAAGGCCGACAAUGCGGAUCAGCUAUUGGACGAGUCUGAACAUAUUGCCCAAAGGAGACGGGAAGCGGGAGAUAUGUUGAAGGCGCUCCAAAGAGCCUCACACAUAAUAAGUGAAAUUCGUGAGACGCAUAUGUGGUAAUCGAAACAAGAAAAUCGUAGUGGUAAGGAAACAUAAUAGUGAAGUGUCAUGUGACUAGUCGUGAUUUUUCAUACAUCAAAAUAAUCUAAAUACACGUUAUCAUUGUUGUAUAAGUGCCCAAAACUUGUUAAGAUUGUCUGCUGUCAAAACCUAAGGUGGCAUGAUUGGAUAUUAUUUGAGAGAUAUUAAAUAUUUUAAAGCUUAAACGAUAUUAAUAGUCCAUUUUGUUUGUUAAUAUUCUGUGUAAUAGUUAUUUUUUACUUACUUAGAGUGGUUCAUAGCGGAUUUCAAUUAUAUUUGUAAAAGUGCAUUUGUAUAAGUGCCACUCUAAAAAUACUUGUACAUGGCUCCCGCAAAUGUUUUAGCCACUGGAGCAAUAAUUUUACUACAUAACAAUUUGUUUAAUCGAUUGGUUCUCAUUGUUUAUGAAUCUUUCUGUGUAGAAACAAUUAUUUUUUGUUUAGACCACACUAUUCUACUUCAAGAAGUUUUUUUACAGAUAUACUCUUAAAAGUAGUUUUGUGCAAAUUGAUUUAAAACAAAAGCAAAAUAAUUUAUAGAAAAAACAUAUUAAACACUCCCUAGACUUAAUGACGUUACCUCUAGUGAUCACAAACUCUUCGGAGACAUAUAUGCACACAUUUUGGAAGGUAUUGGACGUUUUAGAACGAUUCAUUUAUAUACGAGGGCGGUUCGAUAAGUACGUAGCCUACAUAAGAAAAACGAAAAUUUUUGAGAAGUGGCGAUUUAUUUCUAAACAUAGACUCCAAACCCACCUGUGCUCCAACUUCUUUAACACGUCUGAAAAAUAGGUCUCCGUUGCAGUUAUGACCUAGUAAUUGGACUUAAAUGUUGCCUGACGAGUGACUUUCUUAAGUUUGGAAACAAAAAUAAGUCUCACGGGGCCAAGUCUGGAGAAUACCGUUGAUGGGGCUGCAGUUCGUUGCAGAAUUCGACCAAUUUGGCCAUGCUGGUGACGGGGGUGCUUUGCCAUGACGAAAGAGCACUUUUCUUUGCCAAAUGGGGUCUUGUUCUUCUGCAAUUCGGCGUCGAAUUGAUCCAAUAAUUCGGAAUAGUAGAGCCAUGUGACUAUUUCGGCCUAUUGCGAGGAGUCGAUGUAGAUGAUACCUUGUGAAUUCCAGGAAACGAUGGCCAUCACCUUUCUUGUCGAUAGGACAGUGUUCAUCUUCUUGGGAACACAUUCGCCGGGUGAAGUCCAGUGUUUGUCGUCUGUCUUGGUCGUCUGAUGUAUACCAAUGGAUCCAAUUUUUGUCGACGGCUACGAAACGAUGCAAAAACUCUUUCGGAUUGCGCUUAACCAGCGCCAAACAUUGGUUUGAAGUGGUCUCAAUCGCCUACAGCGAUUUUGUCAUGUCCAAAAUUUCAUGCAGCUUCAAUCGGUGGUUUGCCACAACUAUAUCGUGAAUUUGUGUCAGGUAUUUUUCGUGGUAGCCGUUUUAGGGGCAUCUGGGCGUGACUCUGCGAAAAUGCGACAUGCGACUAUGUUGAAACUCGUUAAAUCAAUUUUUACGGCCGCCAUUGAAGAGAAGGGUCACCGUGUACCGUAUCCAGACGCUCUUUGAUUUCGCUGUGCCAUUUCUUUUCCAAACAAAAUAAUCGAUUCACUGACCGAUAUUGCUCUUUUUCCAUUUUUUUUUAAUCCGUAGGCAGGUCCACUUCCACAUGAGGUAAAAUCAAAAUUACGAGUUCUAUUCGGCUGAAAUUUUGAUAUUAGCCGUCUAUAAAGUCCACGAUAAUAAAUUUAUUUUGUGGUAGUAGAACUACAGGCAAUGAGGCUAAGUACUUAUUGGACCGCUGUCAUAUAUGUAUAUAUUUUAAAAUGUGUCCGUUUUGUUCAGGUAACAUAUCUUAUAACAAAUGACGUAUUAAACAUUCUAUUAAGUUAUUCAAAAUAUCAAAAAGGCCUUUGGUUUUGUGGUUAUACAGUCUGCCUAUAUCCUCAAUGUUUUUUUUCUUAAUUUUCACUGUUAGAAUAUCUCUUAAACACCCUGUUAUGUUGAUAUUAGAUAUUUUAGACUUUGUUAGAAACUGCAACAGUUUUAUUAAAUAAUUGAGUGCUUUCUCAUCUCAGCGGAUAAUAUAAUACUGGUAAAGUGUUAAAUGGGCAAUACAUAAUCGAGAGAUGUUAAAUAUAGUUUAUUUUGGUAUGAAGAAAUAUGUAAAUGUGAAGUUUUUCAUUUAUGCAGUAUGGUUUUUUUUUAUUUCUUAAGUUCUCUUAAAGUGCAACCAAAUCAAAAGGCAGUUGGCUACUUCAAUUACAAACUCUUUUCUGUCUUCAGCUGUUCCUAUUAGCCGUCUAAAAUUUAGCCCUGUCCAUUGUCGGAUGUUUCUUAACCACCACAGUAUUUUUCUUCCUAGUCCUGUUUCCCUUGAUCUUUUUUCACUAUUACUUAUUGAAACAAUAUUGUUUAAUAUUUCUUAGUAUGUGAUCUAGGUAUGAUGUUUUCCUAACCUUUACUCUUAAAAAGUUUUCGGUCCUUUUCUAAUCUAUGCAGCCCUUCUUUUACGUAUGCGAUGUCCAUGAAAUUUUGAGGAUCCUCUGAUAGAUCCACAUUUCAAAGUCCUAAAAUUGUUCAUUUAAUUUAAAAUAUAAUUUAAAAAUUCAUUUACAGUUAAUGUUUAAGGGUCCACAUUUGGUACUGCAUAGAAAAGAGUCAACCAGAUGUAGCAUUUUGAUAAACGUUGACUUAUGCUAAACGCUGCACUCGUUGACUUAUGCUAAAUUGUGCCCAUUUAUUGUGAAGUUUGCGAUAUAUUUUGAUUUUUUCAGAUUGACUUUGGAUCACUAUAGUGUUCUUAACGUUUAUUUUCAUACUGAAUUGCUCACACACCGGGUUGGUCCUCUUGAUGAAUCGUUGUAGAUCCAAGUCGACAUUCGCAAUCAACACAGUUUCUAAACUGCAUUUAAUUAUUUGUGUAGUCCAUUUUUCGUUAUAUAAACUUUGUUUAAUGCUUCAACAAUGAUUCUACUACUACUUAUUUGGACUACAGGUUUGUAAGAUCCUCAAAAUGUAUCCUUUAAUUUUCUUUUCAUUUGGAUCGAGACUUUUUUCAGUCGCAAUUUAAGAUUUAAAAGUAGAUAAAAUACAGGGGAGCCAUAUUUGGUUAAUAAGAAGGAUGUUUUAAUAGUUAAUACUUAAUUCUUUUGCUUCAUGAUCGUAUACAUCGUCUCAGUAAAAGAGAUAUUUAGAAAUUUAGGCUUAUUGUCUCUAGUUACUUCAUUUUAACAUGACGUAAAUACUUUCAAUGUAGAAAGAUAUGAAGUAAUAACUAAUGACAGGUGACAAUUGACGAACUGCGAUUCGAUAAAGGUUAAAUUGUAAUGUGGCAAUAUACGAAAUGUGACUUAAAACGAAAUUUUUUCGCCUUUAUAGUGAUAAUUUGUUCUUUUAACACUUUUUCAAUACGUAUUGUACGCCGAUGUUAUAGGAAUUUUUUGUUACAAGUUUUUUUAUGAUACGUUCAUGCAUUUUAUUUAAUCAGUAACUAAUUUAUAUCGCCCCUAUUGUAUUUCUCGUAGAAAUUUUUGCGUACUGUUGAUAGUAUUUUUCUUAAGUGAUUUAGUCAUGUUUGAGUUUAAAAAUAAUAAUCUUUCGAUAUU